AUGGUCGAUGCUUGUUUGCAGCAUCGUUUGGUGGCUGCUGGGGGCGAUGAGAUCCAGCUGGCUCGCUGGGAUUUGGUCCGCACUGCUGAGAUCUUGUCGAAGCUCUUGGAGGCAAACCUGAGUGUCCAGGCUUUGGGGAGUGAUUGGCCGGACGACAAAGCGGUGAUUGAUGCAGCUCUAUUGGCAGGGCGUGAUGCUGCUGAAGCCUUGGCAAAGGCAGAAUUUGAGGCCGAGGCAGAGAGGAUUUUGAGUAGUGCCAAUUUGAGUCAAGAAGCGAUACAACAUUUUACCUCCAAGAUCCAAAAGAUGGCCGAGAUGUGCGGGGAUUCCGUGGAAGCUCACUCCCUUGCUGGAGAUGAAAAGUCGAUCCUGGACACAGACAAUAUGACACUUGAGGAAGCUCGCAUUGCCAAGGACAUUGCAGACUAUGCGGAAGGCCUUUGCCAGUCUGAUGUGUUGGAUCUGGACUUCUUCGUGGGUCAAUUUGAAGAUGAGUCUCCUGAGUGCAGUGCGCUGGUCUCCAGCUCAAAACUGCUCCAGAUGGAGAAACAUCUCUCAAGCUUGGAUUUCUAUGCCAAGUCUGCCCUGGUGCUUCACGACAAUGAGAACAACUUGGGCCACCACUUUUCGAAGAAGUUGCAGAAGAACUUGGGCCAUUCAGAAGUGCAGCUAGAGCCCUUGCUGAUGGAGGCUGUUCUGAAUCAUGGCUCCAGCAAGCCCCGAAUGGCUCGGCUGUUGUACCUAGAGCGGCUCUAUUACGACAAGGUCCAUGGCUUCACAAAGCAACAGUACUGUGAAUCAAACUUCCACUUGCGAGAGGAACAACCACAACAUUGGAUCAGCCAAAGUCAGGAAAUCCAAGACUAUGUCGACUGUGUGUGCGUGAGCCAUCGGCCUGCAUUGUGGUGUGAUGCCGCUCAUGCCGAACCGUUGGCCCUAUUGCAGCCGACAGUGGUGCGUCGCUUGCAAGAAGCCGCUCGGAAGGUCAACUCACUGAACUUGAUGCAGAGUGGUGCUCCUGUUGGCUUGGGUCCUUGCCAAGAUGCUGAGGGCAAACCUGCUGGCUUUGACUGUUCCUUGUGUGUGAAUGGGGCCAAUUGCAUCAGUGCAAGUGGCUCCUUCAGCGUUGAUGUCUUUAGCUCCCUGAAGGAACUCUUGGGCCAAUCAAGCAACUGCAUUUCUGGCUACUGCUCGCCAUGCAUGGGUGUCAAGCCAGGAGAUCCCUUCCAGUUCAAAUUAGAUCUGGGUGUGGCAGUCUCAAAGUGUGGCAGCACUGCAGAUUAUUUGGCAUCCUUCCACUACUUUGCAGAGCUCAAGAUGUGCAUUGGGGGUGUUCUGGGUGAAGCUGCUGACCAAAUUGGUUGGGCACUUUGCCAAUCCCUUGGAAAGUUGGCGUAUUAUCCCUUCAUCAGCAAGCUCCACUUCUCAGUUGGCCUCCCAAUACCUUUGCCUCCUCCAAUUGGGGUUCGGGCUAGCGCAUCUGUAAACUUGAAUUUGGGGGACCUCACUUCGGCUGUCUACAACCACUGCUCAACCUUGGGGCCUGCUGCCCACUUCAGAUGCCUCGAGGAAUUCUUUGCUGCGCGGGGUGUCACAAGUGUGGAUUUCAAGAUCGAAGUCCUCCUCGGUGUCAGCAUUCCUUUCGUCGGCACUGUUGGCAAAUGGAUCAAGGUGCUGGGCUUUGGCUUUGCCGAGCACGACAACAGCCGCCAGAUUGCUAUGAACAAAGCCGGUGUGACCAUUGUGCACAUCGGUGCCAGUCCGUGGCGCCAGAUCUGUGGGCGUGCUUUCUCGGGAGUCAGUUGUGAGCCAUACGCUGGUGACGGGGACUACCGGGCCAACCCUGACUGCAGAAGUUGUGGCGAUGAUUUCAGCAUUUGGCGCGCUGAUCCUGCCAACAGCCGCUCCGUUUGCAUCCGCCGCGAUGAUCAUCACGGAGGCUGGGGAAUGAACUUGGAGAUUGCCUGUCCAGUUGACAACUCGCACACGAAGAUCAUUGUGCCCAUUGGAUCCAGCUCCACCAGAACCAAAUGUGCCAUGCCAAGUGAGCCAGUGACAUGUCGUUCAGAUGCAGGAAAUCAAGGUGUCCGUUUGGGUUUUGACACCCAUGGGGAUGCCUACAACGUGUACAAGGACUUGCAGCUUGAAUGUGAUCCAACAGGUGGAGCGCAGUCAUACUCGGUGUCAACCGUUCACAUUGGCAACAGUGAUUCAAAUCUGCGGUGCGUACUAGCCAGUCACGAAUAUUCUUGCGAUGCCUUUGCCGGUGACGGCCACUAUCGUGUCAACGACGACUGCCGCCAUUGCGGCGAUUCCUUCUACAUCAGUGUCAACGAUGGCUAUGUGUGCGCAGAUCGGACCGAUUAUCAUGGUGGCUGGGGCUUGGAUCUCAAAAUCUCGUGCAAAAAUUAUGGCUUUGUCCGUGAAACUGUGGAGAUCAACAUGGGCUCAAGCGGUUCAAAUGAGAAGUGCAUCGUGGCCCCCAAGCCAGUGAUGUGUGCUUCAUAUGCAGCCAACAGAGGCUAUCGCCGGAACAAUGACAACUAUGGGGAUGCGUUCUCAAUCCGGACCUACGACCAUGGAGGAUUUCAUGUGUGUACAAGGAGGACUGAUUACCAUGGUGGCUGGGGAAUGCAUUUGAAGUUCACCUGCGUCCGAGACUUGGAUCCAAGCUCCUUGAGCCUGAGCUUCGACACGGAUCGUGUGACUUUCGCAGCCUCUGAUCUCAGCUCAAAGGAGUAUUCCUUGGAGCUGGAGCUUGAUCAGGAUAUCGAACCGGACUUGUGCAAAUGGGAGCGGCUUCAGCGGAAGGAUCGCUUCGGGGAUGCUGUGUUGGCCACGCUGACCAAAGUGUUCCCGGCAGGAUGGUCCACGCUGGCUGUGGAUCAAGGCCGCUUUCCUCGGCAGGUGAUUGAUCGGGACUGGGCCCGAGAUGAUUUGGGUGAGAGCCAUGAAGAGGUCAAGACCUUGACGGGCAAGACGAUCACCCUCGAUGUAGAGGCAAGUGACACGAUCGACAAUGUGAAGGCUAAAAUCCAGGACAAGGAGGGCAUUCCACCUGACCAGCAGCGGCUCAUUUUCGCUGGCAAACAGUUGGAGGAUGGACGCACCUUGUCUGAUUACAACAUUCAGAAGGAGUCCACUCUUCACUUGGUAUUGCGUCUUCGAGGAGGAUGCUGCUGGUUCUUCAGCUUCAUGAUCAUCCUCACGAUCAUUGCCUUGCUGAUCCUCAUGCCAUGCACCUGCGGUACCUCCGCGUGUGUCAUUCCAUUUCUGAUCCCGCCGCUGUUGGCUUCAAUAUGCGAGAACUGCUUGUAUGGCAGUCUCCAGAAGACCCCUCCAGACCGAUGGAUGACAAGAUAUUCUGUGCCAAGCGAAGGCCCAUAUCCAGCGAAGGCCCAUCUUGACGCUCUCUCCGCUUACAGCGGAUUUGCAUCCAGCUGA